AGCGAUAUUAACGUUCACGAUUCUCACCUUGGUCGGACUCAUCAACGUCGUUAUCCGAGGAUGGGACCACGGGAUCUUAGAAAUGGUCCGGAAAGCGGUAAACCAAGUAGUAACCAUAGAGACGAAGGCGACUGCAACUCAAGCUCUGGUCACAACCCUGGAGAUAACAACGAGGAUGGUUGCGCACCCAGAGAAUCUUCAAGUACUGAGGAACCCAGAGAUCCCAACAUCAGUAACAGUUCUUCCUAUGACAAUGUGGAUGGUCUUGAAUCUACAGAACAGGGAAAUAAAGACGUUGCUAGCUCCAACUGUAGCACCCGUCCUGGAUCAGAGGGCUAUGAACCAUGCCUGUUAACUUCCCAACUACAGUGUGCCCCAGAAAGAACGCCACCCUCUAAUCCACGACUUGGAAAUUCAACCAACUCUGCUUGCAACCAUCAUCCCACUCCCAUCUGGACCAGUUCCCAAUAUCCCAAUCCUAAGUCCACCAGCCUUAGUGAGAGCAACAAGUACAAGUUUCGAGCAGAUCAAAUCACCGGCGAAAUUCAGCUUCAAAUAUGCUACGACUCCAAAGCAAGCAUUCUGUACAUAACAAUAGUCCGAGCACGCAACCUGGUGACAGCUAGAGACAACAGCGGCCUUCCCGACCCUUUUGUUAAGUGCUAUCUCCUCCCCAUCAGGUGCAUGGAAAACCAGAGGCGAACUCGCUACUUCUCCAGAUGCAGCAGUCCAGAGUGGAAACAGACGUUGGUGUACCCGAAUAUUCCGUCAGAAGAUCUGCCUAAUAAGUUUUUAGAAAUCAGCGUUUGGAAUUACGACAUCUACCGGCCAAACGAGUUUCUGGGAGAAAUCAUUUUGGACUUGUCAGAUGAAAUAUUGGACGAGCAACCCCGAUGGUAUAAACUUCAGGAUCAUGACGAGAGUCGUUACCCACGUGAUCCAGUAGGAGGCCCACGAACGUCUUACAGCCAUGGUAGUCUUGGUAGUGUGACAUCAGGGGGUAGUGGCCGAAAGAUGGCGCGACUUAACAACCUGGGUUUGAGGUUUCCCUUUUCCAGCAGCGCUGAUGAAAUCAAAAGACACCUUGGUUAAGAGAAGAAACAGUUAAUGUGUUUUGUUGUAUUUGACAGCACCUUGGUUAAUAGAAGAAGCAGUUAAUGUGUUUUGUUGUAUUUGACAGCACCUUGGUUAAUAGAAGAAGCAGUUAAUGUGUUUUUUUGUAUUUGACAGCACCUUGGUUAGGAGAAGAAGCAG